UUGGCUGUGUGAGGGUUUGACGGUUCGAUCAUAAUUCCUAGGUUGAGUUUUUUUUUGGUGUGUGCUGUGAAAAAAUAUUUUACUAAAAAUAAAUAUACUUCCUUAAUUUAGAGCAAUGUCCGGUUUAAUAUUAGUAACUUCACGUUAUGUUGCGCGAGAUGUAAUUAAAAAAGGAUUUAAAAAUGCCUUUUUAAACGAUGUUAAUAUCGCAUGUCACAGACAACAAAGUUAUAUUCGUGUUUUUAGUAAACUAUGCACAACAGUUGACAGUAGUAAAUGGACAACAACUCAAGAUAGGAAUCUAAUUAUUAACAUCGGUCCCAAGUCCCUAAUACACUUAAGUGUGCCAUUUUAUCAAACCGAAACUGUUAAAGUCCCUCCAUUUGCCGAUUCUGUAUCAGAAGGAGAUGUUAAAUUUACAUGUAAAGUUGGAGAUUAUGUCAAAACUGACCAAGUUGUUAUGGAGAUUGAAACUGACAAGACAACCGUUGGUGUUCCUGCACCUUUUGGUGGUGUAAUCGAAUCCAUACUCGUUGCAGAUGGUGAUACUGUGAAGGCGGGUCAAGAGCUUUUUAAGUUAAAGAAAGCUGAAGGUGGUGCACCAGCUGCAGCUGCAGAAGCACCUAAAGCAGCUCCUCCACCGCCACCAGCUGCUGCUCCAACUCCACCACCUCCAACAGUUUCGGUAUCGGCACCAUCUACGCCACCACCACCUCCACCACCUAAACCAGCAUCAUCGCCACCACCACCACCACCUAAAAUGCCAGCUGCUCCUGCCGCACAUAUUCCUGUAGCUGCAAUUCGACACGCUCAAGGAAUCAGCCAAGGAACCGUUAAGGUACCACCAGCAGAUUAUACUAGAGAAAUAACAGGAACCCGAACCGAACAAAGAGUAAAAAUGAAUCGCAUGCGUCUAAAAAUUGCCGAAAGACUAAAGGAUGCUCAAAAUACGAAUGCAAUGUUAACCACUUUCAAUGAAAUUGAUAUGAGCGCUGCCAUGGAAUUUCGCAAAGCCAAUCUAGAGGCAUUCCAGAAGAAAUACGGUAUCAAAAUUGGUUUUAUGUCCAUAUUUGCAAAAGCAUCAGCAUACGCACUGCAGGAUCAGCCCGUUGUUAAUGCUGUCAUUGAAGGAAAUGAAAUCAUUUACCGAGAUUAUGUUGACAUCUCAGUUGCCGUUGCAACUCCAAAGGGAUUGGUCGUUCCAGUUAUCCGCAAUGUUGAAGGCAUGAACUAUGCUGAUAUUGAAAUUUGCAUGGCUGCUCUGGGAGAAAAGGCUAAAAAAGGUGCAAUAGCUGUAGAAGACAUGGAUGGCGGUACUUUCACAAUAAGUAAUGGAGGUGUGUUUGGAUCAUUAAUGGGUACACCCAUUAUCAACCCACCCCAAAGCUCUAUUCUAGGAAUGCAUGGGAUAUUCGAACGUCCAAUUGCUAUCAAAGGACAAGUUGUUGUUCGUCCAAUGAUGUACGUUGCUCUGACAUAUGACCAUCGUUUGAUUGAUGGUCGUGAGGCUGUUAUGUUCCUUCGCAAAAUCAAAGCUGCUGUUGAAGAUCCUCGAAUCAUGUUAGCCGGGCUAUAAAUUAAACAACUGUUUCGUAAAAUGAACAAGUUAAAUUUACAAUUCAAACAAUAAAUGUUGAUUAGCUCGAUUUAAAAUUA